UUGAAUUGAACAGACGUUCUUACUCAAAUUCGUGAAUAAUAUUCCGGAGUAUUUACUGGAAACAAAUCCAAAAAUAAAAUUGGCAAAAUUGUUUUAAGACAAAAAAAAACAAAGGAAAAACAAGUGAUAAAAUUUGAUCAUGAAGCUUCUCUUUGGCAUUGCAAUUCUUGGGUUGAUGGCGUCCUGGACUGAAGCCGAAUAUGUGCCCAUUCUGGACUUGGCAGUUGAUAAGAAGGAUUUAUUCAUGUCUCGCGGCUGGGGAGCUUCUGGAAUGCCCUACCCAAUGUUCUACCUGAAUCGAUACACUCAAACGCAGCAGAUGCAGCAGAAGGAAAUGGAUCCACCCAAAACCUCCCAAUCGAAGCAGUUCACCCUCCUUUCUGGCCCCUACCAAGGCAAAUCCCAACCUGAUCCCUUUGACAAUGCCAAAAUUACCCAUCGCAAGACCAAUCAAUCCCGGAGAAAUCACACAGUUCCCCAUCUAUUUGUCUCCUACGGCUGGGGCCCCCUUGGCUAAGAUCACAUCUCUCUCUUCACAUUUUACAGGGCAGCUGUGUAGAAAUUAAAUAAAUAAAAAAAAAGAGAGAA